AUGUCACCCACCAUCUCCCACAAGGACAGCAGUCGGCAACGACGGCCAGGGACUUUUAACCACUCUCUAGAUAUGAAGAGUGGUCCUCUGCCGCCGGGCGCCUGGGAUGAUAAUUAUCCGGACUUGGUUGGCGGGGAAGGGGACAACGAAGCUCUUCUGCGGGAUAUCGGCGCUAGUGACUUCUCAAAACCCCCACGGAGCUGCCGGGCGGAAUUAAGCAGCAUUUUGCUGUUGCUCUUUCUUUACGUGCUUCAGGGCAUUCCACUGGGCCUGGCGGGAAGCAUCCCACUCAUUUUACAGAGCAAAAAUGUUAGUUAUACAGAUCAAGCUUUCUUCAGUUUUGUCUUUUGGCCCUUCAGUCUCAAAUUACUCUGGGCCCCGUUGGUUGAUGCGGUUUACUUUAAGAACUUCGGUCGUCGCAAAUCUUGGCUUGUCCCUACACAGUAUAUACUGGGACUCUUCAUGAUAUAUCUCUCCACUCAAGUGGACCAUUUGCUCGGAAAUACAGAUGGCAGAACCCCCGAUGUGGUUGCUCUCACUGUGACAUUCUUUUUGUUUGAAUUCCUGGCAGCUACUCAGGACAUCGCUGUGGAUGGUUGGGCGUUAACUAUGUUAUCCCGGGAAAACGUGGGUUAUGCUUCUACUUGUAAUUCAGUGGGCCAAACAGCCGGUUACUUUUUGGGCAAUGUUUUGUUUUUGGCCCUUGAAUCUGCCGACUUUUGUAACAAAUACUUGCGGUUUCAACCUCAACCCAAGGGAAUCGUUACUCUUUCAGACUUCCUUUUCUUCUGGGGAACUGUAUUUUUGGUAACAACAACUUUAGUUGCCCUUCUGAAAAAAGAAAACGAAGUAUCAGUAGGAAAAGAAGAAACCCAAGGGAUCACAGAUACUUACAAGCUGCUUUUUGCAAUUAUAAAAAUGCCUGCAGUUCUGACAUUUUGCCUUCUGAUUCUAACUGCAAAGAUUGGUUUUUCAGCAGCAGAUGCAGUAACAGGACUGAAAUUGGUAGAAGAGGGAGUACCCAAAGAACAUUUAGCCUUAUUGGCAGUUCCAAUGGUUCCUUUGCAAAUAAUAUUGCCUCUGAUUAUCAGCAAAUAUACUGCAGGUCCCCAGCCACUAAACAUAUUUUACAAAGCCAUGCCCUACAGAUUAUUGCUUGGAUUAGAAUAUGCUGUACUGGUCUGGUGGACUCCUAAAGUAGAACAUCAAGGAGGAUUCCCUAUAUAUUACUAUAUUAUAGUGCUGCUCAGUUAUGCGUUACAUCAGGUUACAUUGUAUAGCAUGUAUGUUUCCAUAAUGGCUUUCAAUGCGAAGGUUAGUGAUCCACUUAUUGGCGGAACAUAUAUGACCCUUUUAAAUACUGUGUCCAACCUGGGAGGAAACUGGCCUUCUACGGUAGCUCUUUGGCUGGUAGAUCCCCUCACAGUGAAAGAGUGUGUAGGAGCAUCAAACCAGAAUUGCCGAACACAUGAUGCUGUUGAGCUUUGCAAAAAACUUGGUGGCUCAUGUGUUACAGCACUGGAUGGUUAUUAUGUGGAGUCCAUUAUUUGUGUUUUUAUUGGAUUUGGUUGGUGGUUCUUUCUUGGUCCAAAACUUAAAAAGUUACAGGAUGAAGGACCAUCUUCAUGGAAGUGCAAAAGAAUCAAGUAAUGCAUUCACUACUGGACAUUCUAUAAAGGUAACUCUAGUUUAGUUUUAACUCAGAGAGUUAUGAUAAUCAGUGUACAGGAGUAUAAAAUAUUAUUUUAAACAGGAAAUUAUUAAUAUAAAAUGCCAAAUGGUUAAAAAUAUAGAGACCUCUCUGUAUAUUUAAAUAUACUUUUCCUUGCCUUGUCAAUGUAUUUAAAGUUUACUUAAGGUCAGGAAAUUGGUACUAAAACAACUUUUCUGAUCUUGUUAUUUGAUUUAUGUCUUUUUAAUUUACUGACCAAAGCAUGUUUUAAGCUGCAAUGCAGUAGUCAUGGGUGGUAACCGUGCAGUUGAGUGUUGUUAUCAGUACCUAUCAUUGAGCUAUAUUAAAAUGUUUGGUAAAAUAUAUUAAAUGGAACAGAGCUUGAUAUUCAGGUACUAACUACAACUAGUUUGGCCUUGUUGGCAGUUAAAUCUUAUUUUGAAUUGUAAAUUGGUUAAAUUUUAUGUGGAAUUUGUUGAGAAGAGAAUAUAAACUACUGAAAUACCAUUUUAGUUUUAAUUUUUCUGACCAUAACCACAUUGUGCUAAUGAAUCUGUGUUAGAAAUACUGUUUUAAAUGUAUUUCCUGCUUUUCUAAGCAUUAAAGAUUUAUAGGAAGAUUAUUCAAACUAUUUUUUAUAAAAUGAAAGCUAUGACUUUUAUUGGUUCCCCUCCCCCUUCCCCCCUUUUGGAAGAUAUUUUGAUUCCUUGUUAAUUUUACCCUAAAGCUUACAUAUGGUUUUUUUGUCAUAAGUGCUUCAUGGCAUAUGGACAGCUCACAAGUGGUUCAAAUUUCAUGUUGUAUGUAUGUUCAUGGCAAACUUUUGAAAAUAAAAAUUAAACGUUUUUCUUC